GUUAACGCUCUCACUAUCGAUUCUGAGUUUUCCGACAGUAGUGAAGGUAACACCGCUGUUCCCCUGCGGAUCUCUGAUGCUCCUUGCUUACCAAAGCGCACCGAGUUCCGCUCAGCCUGGCCAAUCGCGUCGCGGCUGUGCUUCAGUAGCACCAUUGCAGUGUGGAGAGAUCAUACGGAGCUGCUGUUCGCUUUAACAGAGGGAGCACUUGGAGGAAAGAUACUCGACCUGGGUGACCGCUCUGGAAAAACACCACCCCUGCUUCCCCGACACAAUCACCGGGUGACAUUGGCAUCACCAGCAUAAGUCCGGGUGACCCUCAGUGAGUGACAGAUGUGUGACACUGCAGAGAACCAUUUGCCUCUCCCAGUGGAGAUCUGAGUUCUGGGACACUGAGGCAUCCAAGGGGGGGUCUCUGAGGAAGAUGCUGGGUUCAGAGCGAGGUGUCGUCGAAGAAUGGCUCUCAGAAUUCAAGUCCUUACCAGAAACCCACAUCCCCAACUACGCCGGCAGUCUUCAUCUAAAGAAGUCCCUGGUGCCGGCACUCUACAGAGUCAUACAGGACCCCAACAACGAGCUGCUGGAGCCUGUGUGCCACCAGCUGUUCGAGCUGUACCGGAGCUCUGAAGACCGCCUGCGACGUUUCACCCUGCAGUUCUUGCCUGAGCUGGUGUGGGUAUAUCUGCGUAUCACGGCGAGCAGGGAUCGCCAGAGCAACGGCUGCAUCGAGGCCCUCCUCUUGGGCAUCUAUAACCUGGAGAUCGUGGACAAAGACGGCAACAGCAAGCUCCUGUCCUUCACGAUCCCAUCUCUGUCCAAACCAUCGAUAUAUCAUGAGCCAUCUAGUCUGGGGUCCAUAGCAUUGACAGAGGGAGCUCUUUGUCAACAUGACCUGAUCAGAGUGGUGUACAGCGGCCUCCACCCUCAGAGAGAGACCUUCACAGCGCAGAACAGGUUUGAAGUGCUGUGUUUCCUCAUGCUUUGCUACAACUCUGCUGUGGUCUACAUGCCCCUCUCUUCCUAUCAGUCAGUCUGCAGAAUGAGCUCACGGUUGUGUGUAUGUGGCUUCCCACGGCAGCAGCAGAAGCUUUGGAGGGAACCGUGCAACCGUGUGCUGCUGGACCCUGAGUUCAUGGUGCAGAUGCUGACAGCUGUUUAUCACGCCAUAUACAAUGGAGAGUGGGAGAUGGGGCGGGAAGCUCUGGAGGACAUUCUGUACAGAGCUCAGCUGGAGCUUUACUCCCAGCCUCUCCUGCUGGGGAACGCCAUGAAGAAUUCGUUGCCGGAAAGCGCUCCCGAUGAGCCACGGGGGCGCAAAGUGCUCCAGGUGGAGGUGACACCCACCAUUAGCCGCAUCUCCAUCUCAGCCAUCACCACCGCCUCCAUACGGCGCCACCGCUGGAAGAGAGAGGAUUGUUUUGACUACUCAACCGAUGCAGAGUUGAGCCUCACCGUCAAUCCUCCUAGCCUCGCCCAGAACCACCACCACCCUCCCUGGGACGCAGCAGCCAAAGAGGAAAGAGGAGGGCGGCCUAACAGCCACCACAGCAGCAGCAGCAGCAUCAUUCCCCCCAUCACACUUGAGGAUGCUGACGGUAUGAGCGCUGGGGAGGAUUCCUUCAACAUCAACGACCCAGACGAGGGUUUCUCCUCUGGGGCCUCCAACAGCAGCCAGCCCAGCGGCACCAAGGUGGGCGGCAGUGUGGGGCAGAGGGGCGGCAGCCUCAACAGCAGCAGCAGCAGCAUCAAGAAAGCCAUCACAGCCCGGCUGUCUCGGGACAAGGAGAGGGAGAGGGAACGGGAGAGGGAGAAGGAGCAGGAGAGGGAGCGAGAGAAGGCAGCAGAAAAACAGGCGGAAUUAUCUGCGGAUCACCAGGCUGCCGUGAGGAGGCAUCACCAGAGGCAGCAGUCGCCCCCAGCCAGCAUCACCUUGGAUGCCAUCCAGCUGAGCCCCAUAAAGAAGCACCUGAGCUUCCCUGUGGGGCCCACGCUAGUGCGGACUGGCAGCACCUCCUCCAGCAAGUCCUUUGACUGCAUGAAUUUCAGUGUGAACGGAGGUGAGGACGAGCGAGAGGAGGGUUUGGGAGGCUCAGACAAGGAAGGGGGGCUCCCGGUAAGCGGCUCCCACCGCCACUCCACCAUUAGCCUGCAAGAGGAGCACCUCAUCAGGCCAGAGGACGCCCAGGACCUCCUGUCUCCCGGAGCUCCUCUCACCAAGCAGUCCCGCUCCCCCAGCUUCAACAUGCAGAUCAUAUCACAGGUCUAACAUGCGGUGCACUGCAGGGCAUGGUAGACACACACACCAACACACACACACACAC